AUCAAAUGCUGUCGGAGUGACCGGUUCCAUCUGACUACAGGUCGCGGCGAAAGUCCACAGGCAUCCAUCUGAUCCACCUGAGGAGAGGAGUCUGCACGUUUGCACUUGGGCAUUUUUUCUCCAAAAAAGUGUCACGUCGAUGAUUCCAUUGGUUGUUCGAAUUUUGAUGUUGUUCACCAUGUUAUUGAAGGCCAACAAUCGUGCCAUAUUAAGGCUGCAUCCGAGUGCCGGCCAGGUAUAACUUGCAAUCCUGCCUAUGUGCAUUGAAGCGCCCUCGUCAAAUUACGAUCAAACAUAUCGAUAUGGACGUUCAAAACAGAGAGGCUGUCCUCGCUCCCGAGGGUCCUUCAUCCGCCACAGCCCGUGAUGUCGAGAAACAAAAUGUUACCGAGCCCGCUCCUCCAGUACACUCCUCGAUCUUCAAGAACCUGGGAAUCCUGGACCAAUUCCUCGCAUUGUGGAUCUUCCUAGCCAUGCUUAUAGGCAUCCUCCUAGGCAAUUUCGUUCCCAGCACCGGUCCUGCGCUGCAACGGGGACAAUUCGUGGGAGUGUCUGUUCCAAUCGCCGUCGGACUGCUCGUCAUGAUGUAUCCAAUACUCUGCAAGAUCAGAUUUGAAACCCUGCACCACUCUUUCAAAGAAAAGAAGCUGUGGGUGCAGAUAGGCUUCAGCAUCGUGGUCAACUGGAUCAUCGCACCCCUUUUCAUGCUUGCUCUGGCAUGGGCGUUCUUGCCUGACGAACCUGACUUGCGUGAGGGCCUGAUCCUGGUUGGCAUUGCAAGAUGCAUCGCCAUGGUCUUGAUCUGGACUGGACUAGCUGGAGGUGACAACGAAUAUUGCGCGAUAUUGGUCGCCAUCAACUCCCUGCUUCAGAUGGUCCUGUUUGCGCCUCUGGCCGUGCUCUUCAUUGUCGAUAUCAGCCACUCUGUCGAGGGUGUCGACGUGGAUUACGCCCCAGUGGCCAAAAGUGUCGGCGUCUUCCUAGGCAUUCCACUUGCAGCAGCCAUCGUCACCCGAUUCACUAUUCGAAGUCUGGUCGGCAAGGACUGGUAUGAAAGGGUUUUUCUCAAAUGCAUCGGGCCGUUGUCUCUGAUCGGUCUUCUUUUCACCAUCAUCGUUCUGUUUGGAUCGCAAGGGCAUCGUGUGGUCCACUCGAUCGUCUCCGUUGUCAGAGUUGCGGCUCCACUCGUGGUCUAUUUUGCGGUGAUCUUUGGCUCGACCUUGCUGAUCACGCGGAGACUGGGAUUUGGGUACCGGUUGGCAUGCACGCAAAGCUUUACUGCUGCCAGCAACAACUUCGAGUUGGCAAUCGCCGUGGCCAUUGCGACGUAUGGGGUGGACAGUGACCAGGCCCUUGCAGCUACCGUAGGACCCCUGAUAGAGGUUCCAGUGCUGCUGGCUCUGGUGUAUGUGGUCAAGUGGUUCGGAAAACGGACGAACUGGGCGGCAUAGUGAUGACACAAGGCAAAGAGC